AUGGAGAGCAUCUUCUUAAAGUCGAUCAACCUGGGGAUUCUCGUGGAAAAGGAAAUCGUCGUCCAAACAAACCAUGAAGUCGACGGAGACUUGGCCGCGUCCCACCCGCCAUCUAUCGUGUCUAUCGUUCACUCUGGAUCCGACCUGAGGAGGGGGACUAUAACUUCUGAGGCGCAGGAGAUAGCAUCGUCUCGUCCUCACAGCAAGAUGGUUCCCCGUCCUGACGUCAGGGAGAGGGAUAAUCCUGAGGAGGACCUCGCCGAGUUUUUCCGCAGGGAGCCCCCUCCAGGCAAUUUCAUGUCGAUACCCGACGAUGUGAGCGUUCACUCAGUCCGUAGGAAAUGGGAUAUGUUUAAGGUCUUUGGCAAAAGGCGGAAGAGCCGCAAGCGUCAACCACCACUCAUCAAGCUUCCCGAUACAGCUGUCUCCGCCAGAACUAUCACCGGUCACCGAUAUAUCGCUAUAUCGAUCCCUUCUGAGCAUUCGCAAUAUGAGAUGGCUUCUGCGCAGCAGCAGCAUCCCGUACCAAGGACCACGGAAACGAAUCCCCGUCAGGGAGUUGACCCAGAACAUAACCCAGCCUCUGAGCGUGACACUCAAGUUCCAACGGCUGUAACUGGGAAUCAGGAACAGCAAUCCUCAGCAUCCUUGGGCCCAAGAUCGUUGACGCAUCCAGAAGCUCUCAGUUGGCUUGCAUCUCCUUCCGGGAAUCUGUCUGGACUCUCAACAGUAGCGUCACAAGAAGGAACCAAUUUCGCGAAGGGUAAAGAACCAGAGAGGGAGAAUAAGCCUCAGAGGAGUAUGUCCAGCAGAUUGCCAAUGAAUUCUUCAGGGGCCCGGAGGACGGCAUCGUAUACCGAGCGGGAAUCUCGAUCUCGCACAAGAAGCGCGGAAGGACGGGGUAAGGAAAGAAUGAAGGCACCCGAUCUGGAAGUGCUCACAGUUGGAAUAGUCCCUAAAAUAGUUGAAAUUCCACCUCCGAAACAAACUGGAAAGAGACCGGUAACUGGCGAUGAUCUUAUGGCUAAAGACACGUUAAGUAAAGCAGGCAAAUCCCAUGGCACCCCUCACACUCUCUCGGCGAACCUAUUAUCUGCAUCAGUUUUACCGGUACGAACUUCCAGCAAAAGAGCAGUCACAACAGCAGCGGCAGCGGCAGAGAACGCUACGUUGAGUCGACUGCCAGUGGCCAGCAGAGCUCCCAGCUCGAAUAACGGCGACAGUGAGCACAGAAGCAGAACCGGUCCCCGCGGGUCAUUUGCCGAGAGUCUACUGACGACUGAGUCUUCGCCUAAGCUGCUGAAAGCCGAGGUGGUCACGGCGCACCAAUCUGUCCCCAUAGUAGUUCGUCCGCUUUCGAAACCCGAGAUCGACUCGCCCCUGAAUCUCAACUUCCCCUCCCCGCCCAAUAAUAAUAAAAUCCACCGCUCGGUGCAGGCGAAUAUUUUAUCGUCGUCUACCGCGGCCGAAGGAGCGACGGGUCGCAGGGACCGCGUGAGAGAGCGGAAGAAGAGAGAUAUGGAGAAGUUGAAGGCCCAGAUGCACCAGCGCCCAGCAUCGCGCUUUCUCCAGGUUGAGCCGCGGGCCGAAGAUGCUGGGCCGGAGUCUCCCGUGCUGGGCCGGUGGAAUCAAGAACCGGGGUUACCGCCGUCCAGGCCGUAUCUGGCAGGGAAAAUGUCCGAUAUUGGCCCCCUCAGACCGGGCGUGCAAAUCAAAUCACCAUACCUACCACCAGAGGGUGGUGCGCAGAAGCGACGCGGGAGAAGCGUCAGCGCGCCGCUACUAUCGAGCUCAUCUCCACCAUCUUCUUCCCUGGAAUCCCCCAAAGCGCCCUGGGAAGACAGCAAGUCCUACUACCGACGAAAAGAGCGGCAGGCGGAACACGAGGAAGCGGCAGCGCGGAGGAAGCGAUUUGCGGCCCACGCGCUGGCGGAGCAAAAGGAGACCGAGGAGCGGGUGAUGCGCCAGGAGCUCCUGCGACGGUACGAGAGGCUGAAGGAGAGUCGAACGAAGGAUAUGGAAAAGCGAUUGCGUCGGUUAGAGCGGAACGAGGAGGUCCUCGUGCAGUCUUUGGUCUCUCUGAUGGAGACUCUAAACACGCUGCUGCAGGACCGACAGGUCCUACCGCGCAGCGCUUCCUCGGCAACGAGUUCCAUUCCGCGGCCACGUACACAACACCAUCGUCAUCGCAGAUCCAACGAGAGACGGACUCAAUCGCUAAGGUCUGCGCGAAGUUCUGAUAGCCCGCUUGAGGCCCUACGCUCGCAACAAGAGCAGAGAGGAUCUGCCUCUCGGAGAUAUCACGCUCGGAGUCUGCGCCUCCCAGGGCAAGGGCCGGGCAGUCGAGAAGAUCACUCGGGCACAGCAAGGCGAACUCGGCAGAGCAGGGGAAGGGAAGAAGAAACCGGCGAGAUAAGUACCGGUGUGCGCCAGUCGGUAUUAGAAGCGCUACAGGAGCAUCUGCACUCUCCUUCUCACUCUUACUCUCAUGCUAGCACUCGGGCUUGUAGAAUUCCAAGCUACUCCAGCAGCGUGAGCAGCACACACAGCUCCGAUACAGGCAGCCUCGAGAUCAUGGAGCCGCUUAUGCGCGAGCUGCAAGAAGCAGCAGGGUACGGCGUCGAGCGGCGUCAGGGGGGAGAACGCGCGGAAGAGGGCGGGACGACUCUUGGCGAGAGCGAGGUCUUUAAUCUCUUCUAA